GUUUUAAGUGAGCUCUCAUCCCGAUUCGGCGAUACAUCGCAGGUUAUAUGUAUGAGGGUUUAGACAGAGCGCCCUCGGGACCCCACGGCAGUUCAUCCCGAACCCGACGAGAGAGCACACUUGCCGCUCGUCGCGAAAAUUACCGCCAAAUUUACGCGAACACCAAAGAGGUUGCAUUCACAAGUGCAUCAUUAUAAAGUUCGGAUAUAUUUAAAUUUAUAACUCAAAAGCCUCCGUCAGAUAAAAUAUGUAAGGAUAAGGAAUAAAAAAUGUGCCAAAACUUUUUGUAGUUUGAAAUUUAAAAUGUAGUGCUGUGAGAUUAUUUUGAUGUAGGUAACAUAAGGUUAUCAAACUUUGGAUUGUGGUGAUUAAACGUGUCUCCAUUAAACGUUUACAUGAGACUCAGGACCGAAUGAUGAUUUUUAAUAAAAAAUCGUUUAGGCGCCCCGAUAUUGUGGAUCUGAAAUGAAUAGAUUCGACAAUACAUCAAAACACGACAAAGAAGAAGAUGCGAGAGGAAACUGUACAAAACAGAACAAAGUAUUGGAACUGGACUUGGACUACCUGGAGCGAGGAGGUGGUGGCACUCUGACAGUGGGCGGGGUUCCCAGCGUGGAGCCCAGCCCGGAUAGCCUCGACCUCAUCAAGGUGGUCCUCCUCGGAGCCCCAGCAGUGGGCAAGACUAGCAUCAUACAGCAAUUCGUCUGGAGCGACUACUCUGAAGAGUACGUGCCGACUGACCGCAAACACACGUUCUACCCGUCGGUGAUCAUCAAUGAACACUUGUACGAAGUUAAGAUAACAGACGUGCCAGUGAUACCUUACUUCCCUAUUAAUUCUUACUACGAGUGGGCACAUUACAGAUUCUACGGGCUGAGGAACGCCACUGCCUACAUCCUAGUUUUUGACUUGUCCAACGUUGAAACGUUUCAGUACAUCAGAACUUUGAGAGACCAAAUGGUGGAGAGCAGGGAUAUGAGAAAUGUUCCGGUACUAGUUGUGGGGAAUAAGCAAGACCUGCUGUGCAGUAAUACUCCGUCUGCAGCGAGUGGCUUACAGCAGCUGGCUAUAGCUGAGAGUGCUUGUGGUGACUCUAGAGAAAAGAGGAGAAAUAUAGUGAAUCUCGUACGAAAGCAUUGGAAGUGUGGGUACGUGGAAUGCUCGGCGAAAUAUAAUUGGAGAGUGAUAGCAGUGUUUAAGGAACUGAUGGAAAUGAUAGACGCCCUAGAGUGGAGUGGUGGGGGUAGGAGCGCCGAGCCACCUCCCGAUUCUUCAGCGGGUGGAGGAACUGGCUCUCAUGAGAAUCGAUGUGUGGUUGCUUAGCACUAAGAGAUGAAUUAUGUUGGCUUUUGUGAACGCCAGAGUUAGAAAUUUAAUAAAAAGUAACUGCAAGUGUCAAGUUAAUGUACGUAAAAACCAUUUUAUAUUCGCCACUUGAAGAGAUGUUUUUAAUUUUAAAAUUAUUGAGCCAGUGAUACUAAUAUUCUUACAAAUUAAAGAAUAUACAGGGUGUGACAAAAGUCCGAAAUAAAACUUUAGGGUUUGGUUCUGUUCCUUGUAUAGAAUUACCUACGAAAGUUUGACGCCUUUCAGACCACUUUUAUUUUCUAAUGAAAUUAAUAAAAAUAUCGUUUUACACUUGCCUAUGACAAC